AACCCAAACCCAAACCCAAACCCCGUAGACCAGCUACUAGGUCCACAGAAAGACACGUCACCAAACCAAUGACCAAAGAGGAGGGUGAGGCCAUCGAUGUGGAAACUUAUGUUCCCAAGGGUUUGCCUAAACCCAAGCAAAGGAAGCCAAGAGCCAAAUGCAUGAAGAUAAAGGAUGAGAGUCAAGAUGAUGCACAACCCUCGGGAGUCCCACCAUCAGUUCAGCCACUCUCCCAAGGGGUUACCAAGACAGAGAGCACAGACUUUGACAUAUGCCACCACAACCCCAUUGUAAAGCAGUUGAUGUUGGUGCAGUCAUUUCAGAUGCCAUUCACGGAUGUACUAGGAAACCCACCGGACGGUUAUACUUCCCGACAUUGAUCCACGGCCUAAUGAAGAAGGCGAAAGUCCCAGUACCACCCGGCGAGGCAUUUACCACCAAUGCACUGUCUAUCGAGUGCAAAACAGUUGAUCGAAUCCGCAAGACCUUGCGCAAUGAUCCCGGACAGCCCCCACUUGCUCCGGACAGCAGCCCCAUGGAGACUGAUUUGAUGCAUGAAGUUCGUAGAUUGAAGGAGAAAGUCACCGAGUUAGAGACCACCUUGGAAAGAAGCGCCCAAGCCCACCACACUACCAUGAAAAGAGCACUGAAAGCCCAUGAAGAGACGCUAUUGAAGAAGAUGGAGGAACGAGAUACACGACUCAUGACUGAGUUGAAGGACAUGCCUGCCGGAAUAUCCCGGCGCCCCGACGACCAUUGAGGACACAUACUUCACACGAGUAAGCAGCUUUAUCUAUCAUCCCUUUUAGCUCCAAUUUUCGUUUUCCUUUCUUUAUUUUCCUUUUUUCCAUGCGUCUGGGAAUUGUCCGUGUCAGUCCUUUUUCUAUUAGAUUUUUUUAGAUGGACCUUUAGGACAUAAACUUCACUACC